CGCCGCCCCGGCAACGAGUGACGUGGAGCGCUACGGAACAAACGAUUGGUGUGCGCACCCGCGGCCGCCGGGCGGCCCGCCCCUCCCAGGCCAGGCUCUUCCUCGCCUGUCCUCCCCGGCUUUCCCAGGUCACCUUCGGGCCGGCAGCCCCACGACGUCGACUUCCCCAGGCCACGACGGAUUGAAAGGGCAGCUUUAGCCACCAGCUUCUGUCGGCGUUAAUCGGCCCCGACUCCUCACUGCCCUCGAGGUGGGCUGGCGCCACGGGAGAGGAGCUGAGGUGGGAAGUUCGGCCACGGAAGGCCUGCCUAGCAACUCGUGACGACCGUUGACUGAAGCGCCCGGAGUUAGCUGCGCUGCGACCUUCUCAGGAAAAUCUUAGUGAAGGCACAAUUUCCAGAAGAACGUAUGUGGAUCAUAAUCAGUCUUGAGCACUUGGGACGGGAAGCAGCUUCCAUGCCUAUUUCCACCAACUCCUUAAACAUGUCAGACUGGACCUGAAGCUAGAAGGGAUUUCCUCCCAGAGCAAGUUCCAGCAUGGGGUGAGGUACAGAAGAGAGACAUGAAGGGUAUACCCUGGUACUGAAUUACCAAACCUGCCCCCUAGAUCAGGGGCACAGAUCAUCCUGCUCCAAAGGCAUGAGAAAAGAACAUCCUAUAUUGGCCACUCUUGCCCAAUGUGGAGGGGAGCAGAAGCUCCUGAGCCCAUCCCUGAAGGCCUUCAGAAAACAGAAAAUAACACGCGGUUGGAGGAGGUGCACCCUGGCGUGGGAGUGGAGCACAUCCCUGCCAGACUGCGCUCCAGGGACCCCCCAGCCUGGCCCUCGCCAUGUUAGCUGCAUCAGAGGUGGCGGCGGCUGCAGGAAGGCCUUACAUAUGCAGUGAGUGUGGCAAGAGCUUCCGCUACAGUUCGGUGCUGCUGCGUCACGAGCGGGCGCAUGGCGGUGAUAGCCGCUACCGCUGUCUAGACUGUGGCGAGCGCUACGCCCUGGCUGCUGACCUCCGCGCCCACCGACGUGCCCAUGUGGGCCAGACGCUCUACAUCUGCAGUGAGUGCGGCCAGAGCUUCCGCCACAGCGGCCGCCUGGACCUGCACCAGAGUGCGCACAGACAGCGCAGCCGCUCCUGCCCCUGCCGUGCCUGCGGCCGCAGCUUCCCGCACCUCCCGGCUCUGCUGCUGCACCGGCGCCACCUGCACCCACCAGAGCGGCCCUGCCGCUGUCCACUCUGUGCCCGCACCUUCCGACAGAGUGCGCUACGCUUCCACCAGGCACGGGCACACCCGUGGGGGACAUCCGUCACGCCCGUCGACCCACUGCACCAAUGUGCACAGUGCCCACGGGCAUUCCGCAGCCACGCAGGGCUGCGAAGUCACGCACGCAUCCACGUGGCCCGGAGCCCUGGCAACUGCGCACCUCCACAGCCUCCUGCUCCGGGUGCACACCGGUGCGGCGUGUGUGGGAAGAACUUUGGUAAGAGCUCAACACUGAUGCGACACCUGCAGACUCACUCGGGUGAGAAGCCCUUCAAGUGUCCCGAGUGUGGAAAGGGCUUCUUGGAGAGUGCCACACUGGUGCGCCAUCGGCGCACGCACACAGGUGAGAAGCCCUACGUGUGCGCGGACUGUGGGCGCCGGUUCAGCGAGAGCUCCACACUUCUGCGCCACCGGCGCAGCCACCAGGGAGAGCGGCCGCACGCAUGCGCCACGUGUGGCAAGGGCUUCGGGCAGCGCUCGGACCUCGUGGUGCACCAGCGCAUACACACCGGCGAGAGGCCCUUCCCCUGUGCCGAGUGCGGCCGCCGCUUCAGCGACCGCUCUGACCUCACAAAGCACCGGCGCACACACACCGGCGAGAAGCCCUACCACUGUGAGCUGUGUGGGAGACGCUUCACCUGCGUGUCCAACCUCAACGUUCACCGGCGCAACCAUGCCGGCCACAAGCCCCACAAGUGCCCCGAGUGCAGCAAGGCCUUCAGCGUGGGCUCCAAACUGGCCCUGCACCGCAAGACGCACCUGGGCGAGCGGCCGGCGGAAUGUGCCGAGUGUGGCAAGUGUUUCAGCCACAGCCGCUCACUCUCACAGCACCAGCGGGCCCACACGCGGGCUCGUGCUGCCACCGCGGCCACCCAAGCAACCGCCGGAGCUGCCCUCAUCUUUGCUGGGCAGGCAGGACAGGAGAAGCCAGACUUUUUGUGUCCCAGCUGAGGGAAACUUGCUGAGAAGCUGCUCUGUUGCAGGCCGGCAAACACAGAUCUGCUGCCACUGGGAUGGUGGGCCGGCUCUGCAGAAGGGAGUUUGUGUAAAAACAGCACGGCGGGCUCUCACCCGUCACACCCCUACAUCUAUUUCCUUUGCCAGCUCUUCCUGUCCACCCUCCCUGCUCUCUUUCUGGGGUGUAGGUGCAGGGAGUUGGGAAAACCUAGACUUGGAAGAGAGCGCAGGUGUUGGUGUGUUCCCAUUGCUGCUACUGUGCCCUCAGAUGUUUUUUUUUUCCCUGUUUUCCCACCUCUACUGUCUUCUCUUGUCCCAUGCCUUUUCCGGCUGAGUCCUCUAGCUCGUGUUGUCCUUCCUCUUCAGGUAAUGAUCUCAGGGUGGCCACAGUGACAACCCACCUGCCUUGUGGUGGUCUUGCCUCUUGGUUCCACUUGACACUUUCUCUGCUGCUUUCUCCCUGGGCUCUGAGAGAUGGGAAAUUUGUAGGCAGGGAUGAUGGGAUUGCUCAUUUCAGUGAAAGGCAUCCUGCCAGAAGCAACUAGCCUGCUGCCCAGCACAGAAGGCCCACCUGCACUGAAGGUGGGCAGGAGCCCUCAGCAAAGCAUCCUCCUGUCCCACAGGCCAGAUCAAGGUCCCUCUCAGGAUAGCGUUCUCCAGGUAGGUGGAGGACAUUAGCUUUGGGACCUAUGCCGAGACCACAUGGGGUCUGUAAAGCAGGAUAUUGCCAAGUGAAAAGUCAGAAUGUUAUAGCCAAAUCAAUCUUGGAGCCAUGGGGCAACUGAGCUCCGGAGAGGCAACAGUGCAGGGCAGAACAUCUGGAAUUGUCCAGUGAUUUUUUUGCUUAUGGCUGGUGAAAUAAAGAGUUUCUUGUUUGUGUUCCAGA